UUUGGAGGAGCAGCUAUUGCGUUGUUCUUGUACCUCUUUAAGAACCUCACUCACUCUCUCUCUCUCCUCUCCAUUACAAAAAUAAUCCCCAAAUCUUGAAAAAAUUUAGGGUUUGAAGUUUGAGAGAGAGAGAGAGAUGAGUGCUUCAAGGUUUAUAAAGUGUGUCACAGUCGGCGACGGCGCUGUUGGAAAGACUUGUCUGCUCAUCUCCUACACUAGCAACACUUUCCCCACGGAUUACGUGCCUACUGUGUUUGAUAAUUUCAGCGCCAAUGUGAUUGUGGAUGGAAACACUAUCAACUUGGGAUUGUGGGAUACUGCAGGACAAGAAGACUACAAUAGACUAAGACCUUUGAGCUAUCGAGGUGCAGAUGUCUUCUUACUUGCCUUCUCUCUCGUCAGCAAAGCUAGCUAUGAAAAUGUUUCUAAAAAGUGGGUACCUGAACUGAGACAUUAUGCUCCUGGUGUUCCCAUCAUCCUCGUUGGAACCAAGCUUGAUCUUCGAGAUGACAAGCAAUUCUUGGUUGAGCACCCUGGUGCUGUGCCUAUCUCUACUGCUCAGGGUGAAGAACUGAAGAAGCUCAUUGGGGCACCUGCUUAUAUUGAAUGCAGUGCAAAAACACAACAGAAUGUAAAAGCGGUGUUUGAUGCGGCUAUCAAGGUAGUUCUCCAACCACCCAAGAACAAGAAGAGGAAGAAGAGAAAGUCUCAGAAAGGUUGUUCUAUAUUGUGAUUCCAUUAGAGAACCAACCAACAGGAGGACUGAAGUAGCUCUCACCACUUGUUUGUUUUCCUCAGGAAAGGAGGAAGAAUCUGUUGUUUGUAGUCUUUUAAAAAAAAAACAGAAGAAGUAGUAACCAAGUAUUUGUAUUCUUGUUUGCAUUUUGAUCUGUAUAUAUAUUCCACGAUUACUCGAUUUCUUUUGCUUCCUAGACUUGCACUGAUUAUUUUUUAUCAUCCAAUAAUGUUCCAAAAGUUUAGAUAAA